GACCCAAACAACAUGUACCGGAAAGUUUUGAGAGCAUGAAGUAAACAUUGGCAUUCAGGCUAAAAUAUACCGAUUUCCAGCUCUUUAAGGUACUCUAACAUGCACCGCAUUGUGUAUUUGAAUAGACGGGUUAUGGACUUCUUAGAUUGGAAACAAUGAACAACAUGUCACCUGAGGUUGCUCUGCACCGGAUCUCACCUGAGCUGCGGCCCUUGCUGUGCAGCGUGGUGAGAAACGGCCGAGUGGGGCUCGACUCCACCAACUGCCUCCGGGUCACAGACCUCAAAACUGGAUGUACAUCUCUGACUCCGGGUCCGUGCUGCGAUCGCUUCAAACUUCACAUCCCCUAUGCUGGAGAAACCCUGAAAUGGGAUAUCAUAUUCAAUGCACGGUAUCCAGAAUUGCCUCCAGAUUUUAUUUUUGGAGAAGAUGCGGAGUUUCUUCCUGACCCUUCGGCUCUCCAUCAAUUGGUCCACUGGGAUGCUGAGAACCCCGAGAGUUUGCUCCAGCUGGUGAAGGAGCUCAUCCAGCAGUACCAUCACUACCAAUGUCAGCGCCUGCGGGAUAGCUCCAGGCUGCUGUUCGAGUAUGACAGCCUGCUGGAAGAUCCCAGCUACGGCAGCAACAUGGAGGUUUAUGCUGGACGGAAGAACAGCUGGACAGGAGAGUUUUCAGCCCGUUUCCUUCUCAAACUCCCCGUGGACUUCAGCAACAUCCCCAUUUAUCUCCUAAAGGACACAACACUGGACCCUGGAGAGGACGUGGCUCUUCUCUCAGUGAGCUUUGAGGAUGCUGAAGCUACUCAAGUCUUCCCCAAACUGUACCUCUCUCCCAGCAUCGAGCAUGCUCUGGGAGGCUCUUCAGCACUUCAUAUCCCAGCUUUUCCCAGCGGAGGAUGUCUAAUUGAUUACGUCCCUCAAGUCUGUCAGUUGCUCACCAACAAGGUGCAAUACGUCAUCCAGGGCUAUCACAAGAGAAGGGAGUACAUUGCUGCUUUUCUCAGCCACUUUGGAAUGGGGGUGGUGGAGUACGAUGCUGAGGGAUUCACAAAACUCACCCUUCUACUGAUGUGGAAAGACUUCUGUUUCCUCGUACAUGUGGAUCUCCCGCUGUACUUUCCCAGGGACCAGCCCACACUCACCUUCCAGUCUGUUUAUCACUUCACCAACAGCGGGCAGCUGUAUUCUCAGGUGCAGAUGUCGUAUCCCUACAGUCCACGCUGGGAUGGCAAUGAGAUGGCCAAGAGGGCAAAGGCCUACUUCAAGAGCUUCAUCCCUCAGUUCCAAGAAGGAGCCUUCGCCAACGGAAAACUCUAGUUCUCUUUUCCUUCAUGGCAUUUGUUUGUGCACACGCCUGUGCAUUUGUACAGAUGGAUGCACAGACUUAUAAUUUAACACCACACUGAAAACGAUGGCGGCUUAUUCCACAGACUCCGCAUCCCACAUAGUUAAUGAAGUUGUUGAGAGAAGCCACUUUUGUGUAGAACUUUGUUGUCUGGGUACUAAAACACAGCUGCAGUCAGGAUUGAUCAGGAGUGUUUCCAGUAAGUCUUCUGUUUCUGGGGGAAAAAUAUACAUUUGUGUCAAGAGUCGGAACAUUAUACAGUAUAACUGUCACGUUUGGCUCCAUUAUUAACAUUAUCUUGUCUUUUUGAUUGUUAAAAUGCUCUUUUUUUUUCCUUUAACUGACAAAUGUCUUGUCGAAAUUCCAUUAAAAUAUGUUUCUCCUGA